AUGUGUCAUGAAGUGGUCCUCCUCCUCAAAGGCCAGGCUCACGUAGGGGACAAGAAGCUUCCUUUGAGCAGUGCUUCCUGUGAGCCCAGUGCCUUCUCCUGGUCCCCCUGGGGUGUGGCUCUGGGGCACUGUGCCCUGGUCAUCAGUGAUGUCCCCGUGUACUGCCUUCUGAAUGCCCUUGACCGUGCAGAGCACAGUUUUAUUUCAGUGUUUCCCUCCCUUCUCCUGGAGACUGGGGCAGGGGGGUGCAGGUGGGGUGCCACUCUCCUGCUUGUACUCAUUCCCCCCCACAGUUUGGGCUGCCUAAUGAUCAUGGGGGCCUGCCAGAACUCUGCCCCUUCCUGGGCCCUGGCGCCUUGCUGGCCAGCAUGUGACUGUGGUUGCUGUGACACCACAGCCCCAAGCAAGGUUCACCAGGCUGGGGCUUCGUUUGCUGGCUCUGGGGCCCUGUUUUCUAAGAGCUACUUACCUGAUCCUCCCUGA